AUGGCUGCCCAGCAAACCGACGACGACCCGUGGCACAUGACCGAAGACGGGUGCCACGUUGCCCUCACCCACUCACCCCUGUCCGCCUCUUCCGUCCUCGACCUCGUCCGCAGCCCGUCGGCGGGGGCCCUCGUCCUCUUUGCCGCCAACAUUCUAGGCACCACGCGGGACAACUUUGCCGGCAAGCCGGUCAAGGAGCUGCAGUACACGGCGUACCGGCCACGGGCGCUGCGGACGAUGCUCGAGAUUGCGCGGGGGGUGCGGCAGACGCACGGCCUGCACGGGGUGGCGCUGGUGCAUCGCCUCGGCACGGUGCCGAUUGGCGAGGAGAGCAUCCUGGUCGCCGUGUCGUCGGCGCACCGGCAGGCCGCGUGGCGCGCGGGCGAGGACGCGCUCGAGCGCUGCAAGGACCGCGUCGAGGUGUGGAAGCGCGAGGAGUUUGUGGGCGAGAACGGUGUGUGGCGCGCCAACCGGGAUGGCGCGGUGGGUGAGAAGGUGACGGAGUGA